UCAAAUGUCAAUUGUAUCGGAAUGGCGGGAUGAUUUGUUUAUUUACUAUUGAAAGAUUGUUAAACGUUAUUUAGAAGCAAAUAAUAUGAUAAAGUAUUAAAAAUUUCAAACUACCAGUAAAUGCAGUAACAGUUUUAAAGUACUGUAAAAUGAUAAACCUGUGAAAUAUGAUUUGUUUAUUUCGUACUAGACUUAACCUUAAAAAGAUAUUUGUUGUUAAAAACUACAUUAGAACAGUAAGUUGUAGCAAUAUCGUAAGUAUGAAGUAUUUAAAUGUCGCCGAGAAGAACGAUGCUGCUAAAAAUAUUGCGCAACACCUGUCUCGAGGUACUUCACGAAGACGUGAAGGAUUUUCACAAUACAAUAAAAUAUAUGAGUUCGAGGCCGAUGUAAUGGGACAAAAAUGCCAGAUGGUUAUGACCUCAGUGUCCGGUCAUCUGCUGGCACUAGAAUUUGUUGGUGCUUAUAAACACUGGCAGUCUUGUAGCCCUUUAGCGCUUUUCGACGCACCCGUCUUCAAAUACUGCCCUGAGAACUAUGAAAAAAUUAAGAAAACAUUAGAAAGAGAAGUAAGGGGUUGUGCUGGUUUAAUCAUCUGGACAGAUUGUGACAGAGAGGGUGAAAACAUUGGUUUUGAAAUCAUUGAGGUUUGCACAGCAGUGAAGAGCAAUCUCAGAAUAUUCAGAGCUAAGUUCUCCGAGAUUACUGGUGUGUCUGUGUGGAGAGCUCUGCAGAACUUAGAACAACCAAACAAGAAUAUUAGUGAUGCUGUUGAUGUUAGACAGGAGCUGGAUUUGAGGAUAGGGGCAGCAUUCACUAGAUUUCAGACAUUACGCUUACAAAAAGUAUUUCCUAGGAAGCUAGCAGAAAGUUUAGUGAGCUAUGGUUCCUGCCAGUUUCCAACACUAGGCUUUGUUGUUGAGAGGUAUAGAGCUGUUGAAAACUUUGUUUCUGAACCUUUUUGGAAGUUAAGAGUAAAUCAUACAAUGAAUAAUCUAAGUGUGGAUUUUGCAUGGGAAAGAGUUCGACUUUUUGACAAAAAUGCAUGCCAGGUUUUCCAUGAUAUUUGUCUAGAAAACCCACAAGCAAAAGUUUGUGAUGUCAAGACAAAACCUAAGUCCAAAUGGAGACCUUUGCCUUUAGACACAGUGGAACUAGAAAAACUUGCUUCAAGAAAACUUAAAAUUAAUGCAAAGGAAACUAUGAGGUUGGCUGAAAAAUUGUACACGCAAGGUUUUAUCAGUUAUCCACGUACUGAAACGAAUGAGUUUCCUAAAGAGAUGAAUUUGGCACAACUAGUGGGGCAACAAACUGGUGACCCCAAUUGGGGGGCGUUUGCACAGAAUAUUCUAGAUAGUGGGGGUCCGACGCCAAGGCAAGGCAACAAGAGUGAUAAAGCUCAUCCACCGAUACAUCCCACUAAAUAUUCAAACAGUUUAUCGGGCAAUGAAGCGCGGCUAUACGAAUUCAUAGUGCGGUCUUUCCUCGCGUGCUGCUCCAAGGACGCUCAAGGGUCAGAAACUACAGUCUCAAUAGAAGUAGCCAAUGAAAAGUUCAGUGCAAGCGGUCUUAUGAUCUUAGCGAGAAAUUAUCUAGAAGUCUACCCUUACGACAAAUGGUCGUCAAAGGAAAUUCACGUUUAUGAAAAUGGACAAACAUUUAAUCCAACGAGUAUUGAUAUGUUGGAUGGCAACACUUCACCACCAAAUCUGUUAACUGAAGCUGAUCUUAUUGCUCUAAUGGAAAAACAUGGAAUCGGAACGGACGCAACUCACGCUGAACACAUAGAGACUAUAAAGAACAGAUCAUAUGUAGCUUUAGCCGAUGCCAUACAUUUCGUGCCCGGCCUACUUGGCAUGGGUCUAGUAGAAGGCUACGAUGCUAUGGGCCUCACUAUAUCUAAACCUCAUUUGAGAGCUCAGUUGGAAGCAGAUUUGAAGGCAAUUAGUGAAGGCAGGAAGCAGCCCCAGCAAGUACUGGCUGAGCAAGUAGCAAAAUAUAAGGAAGUAUAUCAGACUGUAGCUCAGGAAGCGAAUAAAAUCGAUGCAGCUCUCGCUGAAAGGUUUAGUGAGCAGCCCACUGAGUAUGUACCUUCGGCUGAGAAUUUACCCGUCAGUAUGCCUUCAGCUCUAAAAUGCCCUAAAUGUGGUACAGACAUGGUUGUGCGACAGAAAAAGAACAAUGUAGAAGAUUUGUACAUCAGUUGUCUUUCAUACCCGAAUUGUAAGAACGCGGUCUGGUUGCCGUCUCUAGUCAAAUCCGUACAAGUAUUGCCUGAAACUUGUAAUGUUUGUGGUCCAAAUUAUCAAAUGCUGAAAUUUGAAUGGAAAAACAAUCAAAUAAGUCAUUUAUUUCCCCCACCGUACACUGGCUGUAUCGGUGGUUGCGAUUCACGGUUCCUCGAAAUGCUCAGUAUAAACCCUUCGAGUGUCAGGCCUGGGGUCAGCAGACCUCAAGCACCUAGUAACACAAUACAACAGAAUGUUAAUACAAAUAGGACAAACACAAAUAAUAGAACGAAUAGUAAUAACAAUAGCCCGGUUAACACAAUUCCCGUCGCACCAGCGAGACAAAAUGUACAGAGGAAUAACACAGCGCCGCCAAGGCAAUUUGUACCGCCACCUACUGCAAAUAGAGCUCAAAAUACAAUGAACAAUCAGCCACGGAUGCCGGUCCCAAGGAGUGGGGAUGGUGACGAUAAUAAUGUACUCUGUGGUUGUAAUAAACCAGCGAUUUUGUUGACUGUGAGGAAACAAACUGCGAACCAUGGUAAACAAUUCUACAAAUGCCAAGUGGGCAGAGAAAACGGAGGUUGCGACUUCUUCCUUUGGGCUCCGGAAAAUGGCACCACAGUUCAGAACCCUUACGAUACUCCUCCCACCAGUUCUUGGGGUACUGAUGACCAGAGCAGUAGUAGUAAUACUACUAGGGGUUGGGGCAUAACGCCUAGUAAUUCUAGGGUUAGUGCUGAUGGCGGUGAAACUGUGAUGUGCAAUUGUGGACAGCCUUGUAAACAAAUAACGGUGCAAAAAGACGGGCCGAAUAAAGGUCGUCCUUUCUAUUGCUGCGUAAAGGACAUGAAUUCAAGAUGUAAUUUCUUUCAAUGGGCUGACAGUGCACCUACCGCAGUUACAGAUUGGGGCAGCAGUAGUACCAGCAGCAACAGCAAUCGCGGCCGAGGGCGUGGUCGGGGAGGAGGGGGUGCGGGUCGCGGUGGAGGCGGCGCGGGGAGAGGAGGUGGCCAGCGCCUGUGUGGCAACUGUCGACAGCCCGGACAUACUAGGGGUCGAUGCCCUAAUACCGAAUAGGUGACUCCCAACUGGUCAGUGUUACGUUUCAGUAACAAAAGCCUAGUCGAUCAAUGAAAUUGUGCAAUUUUGCUGUCUAAUGUUGCAUAACAUAAUAUGUAAGUAAUGUUGAGCAAUUUUUAGGGACUUAUGUUGCAUAAUUGUAAUAUUGCGCAAUUUAUUUCAUCGUCUAGGCUGCGUCCAAGUAAAUAGUUAGUCAUUAUAAUUGGUUUUAAGCUGCCACUAUGAUAUUAUUAUAAUAUAAUAUACAUUGUAUCUUAUUUGUACAGUAACUUUAGUUGGGGGUGAAAUAAACUCCUCUUAUCUGUAUUAUUCCUGAAGAAAUGCUGCUUAUAGAAUAUUUAAUAGUCAGGUUGUUUGUGAAAAAGCUGUUCAUAUGUAUAUUGUGUUGUGAUGAUUUUAUUUUUAUAAGGAAAGUGUUAAACAUAUUACU